CCCUCCCAGCCCGCCCGCCCAGCUUCGCCCAGCUCGUCUCUUCCCGUUUGAGGUGGCGGCCGGCAUCGCCUCCUCGUCCGCUCCAUUUUGCCUGGCCUCCUCGCUCCCCUGUCCUCUCGGGCCCGAGAGCGGCCUGAGCGCCUCCCCGCCUGCCUAGGGUGGCCGCAGAGCCGCUGCGCCUUCGCCUUCCUCGGGCCCUCGGUCCUCGCCCUGCCUCGCCAUGAAUGAGGAAUACGACGUGAUCGUGUUGGGCACCGGCCUGACGGAGUGCAUCCUGUCAGGUAUAAUGUCAGUGAAUGGCAAGAAGGUUCUUCACAUGGAUCAGAACCCAUAUUAUGGAGGAGAAAGUGCAUCUAUAACACCGCUGGAAGACUUAUACAAAAGAUUUCAAAUACCAGGAUCACCACCAGCAUCAAUGGGGAGGGGAAGAGACUGGAAUGUUGACUUGAUUCCCAAGUUCCUUAUGGCCAAUGGUCAGCUGGUUAAGAUGCUGCUUUAUACCGAGGUCACCCGCUAUCUGGAUUUUAAAGUGACUGAAGGGAGCUUUGUCUAUAAGGGUGGAAAAAUCUACAAGGUUCCUUCCACUGAAGCAGAAGCUCUGGCAUCUAGCUUAAUGGGACUGUUCGAAAAACGCCGCUUCAGGAAAUUCCUAGUGUAUGUUGCCAACUUCGAUGAAAAAGAUACUAGAACCUUUGAGGGUGUCGAUCCAAACAAGACUACAAUGCGAGAUGUGUAUAAGAAAUUUGACUUGGGCCAAGAUGUUGUAGACUUCACUGGUCAUGCUCUUGCACUUUACAGAACUGAUGACUACUUAGAUCAACCGUGUUGUGAAACUAUUAAUAGGAUUAAACUUUACAGUGAGUCUUUGGCAAGAUAUGGCAAAAGCCCUUACCUUUACCCACUGUAUGGCCUCGGAGAACUGCCACAGGGGUUUGCAAGGUAAGAGCCUCUGGUAGCCUAUUAGUUAGGACCUCCCUGAUUCUAGACAUAUAUCCAAGAUAUAUCUAUAAAAAACUAGCCAGGCAUUGUGGUGGGUGCUGAAAAUAAGGGCAAGAUUGCUCGCUGUAAGCAGCUCAUCUGUGACCCCAGCUACGUAAAAGAUAGGGUAGAAAAGGUGGGCCAGGUGAUCAGAGUUAUCUGCAUCCUCAGCCACCCCAUCAAGAACACCAAUGAUGCCAACUCCUGCCAGAUCAUUAUUCCGCAGAACCAGGUCAAUCGAAAGUCAGAUAUCUACGUCUGCAUGAUUUCCUCUGCACACAACGUGGCGGCACAAGGGAAGUACAUCGCCAUAGUCAGCACAACCGUGGAGACCAAGGAGCCUGAGAAGGAAAUCAAACCGGCUUUGGAGCUCUUAGAACCAAUUGAACAGAAGUUUGUCAGCAUCAGUGACCUCCUUGUACCGAAAGACUUGGGAACAGAAAGUCAGAUCUUUAUUUCCCGCACAUAUGAUGCUACAACUCACUUUGAGACAACCUGUGAUGACAUUAAAGACAUCUAUAAGAGGAUGACAGGAUCAGAGUUUGACUUUGAGGAAAUGAAGCGCAAGAAAAAUGACAUCUACGGGGAGGACUAACAGCAGCAUAUGCUGUGAUCUCUUUAGGACAGAUUUAAAAUUUGGCAAAUAACGCGUUAUAUAAAACUCAGUCUUGUAAGGCCUGCUUUUGUAAUCAGAAUGGAGAGAUUGAAGAGCUCUGUGCCAGUGAAUACUCCUCCCCUCCACCUUUGUAAUAUCAUGUAUUAACUCGUUUUCGUGCAGUGGCUAUUCAGAAUUGGCAGGUUACCACAUUCUGUUCAAUUUAACCAAAUUGGCUUUUUUUUUCUAGUGAAGGAUCAGUUUUAAACAAACAUUGCGAUACUGAUACAGAGAAUUUUGAGACAGUAUUUGUGUCUUUUAAUCAGUGUAGUCUUUGCAAUUAUGUGCCUCUGCUCUCAGGAGCUGGCUCCAUAUAAUUUGUGUGCCAUCUGUCCUGUUGACAUCAAGAAGAUUCUAAAUUGAAUAUUCCAUGGUUUGGGGUGGCAUCCAUAAGUUCUCCCUUUAAGUUUAUGUUUUGUGUUAUGUCAAGUAUUAUGGCAGGGCCCAAAUAGCAUAGCCACAGUUUGGGUUGUAUGGGCAUAAGAUCUUAACCAAACUCCAGAAUUAGGGCCUUGGUCAUUUGGAGGAAGCCCGUAGGUGAUGUUUUAACCUAAUAAAAUUGAUGAGAGAAGGGUGAGGAACCCAUCAUAAAGCAGGUAAAAUCUGCAUGCAUCUUCUGUGUGCCAGGCGUGGCUUUUGCAGAAGACCAAGCUGCAAUGCAGUGCUGACUUGAACAGAGCCCCCUGCUCCCGUCUCAGUGGCCCCGAAUGAUUUCUGUGCUUCGAAAUAAAGCCAGAUGCUGGGAACCA